ACCAGCUCAAGGUCGCACAGGCGAAAGCGCGGUCAGGUUUCGAGGUGGGUUGCGUUCCUUCGGUGUCUAACCGUUCGUAGUCUUCGCACUCUCGGCUCUUACUUUCGCUUUCUAUAUUCUCUGGAAGCAAAGUUUGUGUGUUUGUUGUUUAUUACUAUUUACAUUGAAAUUCAACCCACACACGCUUCUCUGGAUUCUCCCUUAAUAAAAAAGUACCAUCUGGCUGAGCGCAAAUUGCUGCAACCGAAUUUUAUUCUGUUUCCUUGUUGAGUCAGAAAGAUAAAAAUUUCACUACCAAGACUAAGCAAGUCGUUCCUCGGUGUUAUGGAAGUCAUCACUAUACCUGCCUUGUCAGAUAAUUACAUGUACGUAGUUAUCGACAGAGCGUCCAAUAUAUGUGCAGCUGUGGAUCCGGUGGAACCCGAUAAAAUUUUAAGUGCAGUCAAGCAACGUGGUUUGCAGCUUAAAUCCAUAUUAACAACUCAUCAUCACUCGGACCACGCUGGAGGGAACGUUGACCUUGUAACUAAAUGCAAGGAACAAGGAUUAGGGGCACUAAAGGUGUACGGAGGAGAUGAUCGUAUUGGUGGUUUGACUGAUACUGUGUCGCACGAUUAUAAAAUGAAGAUUGGGAGCAACCUCAAUGUUCGUUGCUUAGCUACCCCUUGUCAUACUACUGGUCAUAUAUGUUAUCUGGUUACUGAGGAAAACAGUACCAAAGAGGGAGCAGUAUUCACUGGAGACACGUUAUUCCUUGGAGGAUGUGGAAGAUUUUUUGAAGGAACUCCCGAGCAAAUGUUUAAGGCACUUAUUGAAACUCUCUCGAAGUUACCAACAGCAACGAAAGUCUAUUGUGGACACGAAUAUACUGUAAAAAAUCUAGAAUUUGGCCUAACUGUCGAACCAAAAAAUGAGGCGCUUAAACACCGGUUGGAAGCUGUAAAACGUUUACGUGCGUCUAACCAAGCAAGUGUUCCUGGUACGAUAGGGGAGGAAUUGGCAACCAAUCCUUUCAUGCGUGUUUCUGAACCGGAUGUUCUCGCACAUGCGAAAACUACUGAUCCUAUUAAAGCAAUGAAAACGAUUCGCGAACAAAAAGAUAUUUUCUAGAUUUGGGAACUACCUGUCUCGUGAUACAACUUCUCUAAUGGAACCAGUGUAUACAUGUUUAUAUUCUUAAACAAUCUUAUUCUUUUUAUCUCAGUUCUGAACAUGGAUAAAUUACAUCUCUAUAAAACCAAUUACAUAAAUUUGUUACU